AUUUGAUAGACACCCGAACUAUUGCGAGUCAUGUGAUCUUUCCGUAUGCAAAUUUAAAUAUUAUAAAUAAUUUCUCUGUAAAUUUCGUCAGUAUGCAUGUCGAGGAAAAGCAAAUCGAUGAGGUUGUUUCAAAUUCUGAAUUGAGCGAUAUCAUUAAUCCCGUCAAACAUCACAAACUAUUUCAACGAGCAGAUAAGUCCCACAGAAAUGUAAAGCAAAGAAUGAAUGAUGUAAUCAAGACGGAAGAAUUUUUAAGCACAUCGAGUGAGACUCAAAGUGCUGGAAAAUAUGAUAUAUCGAUGUCUGAAAGCAAUGCGGUUCGACAAUUUGAACAUGUCUCGUGGAAAUAUAAAAAUCCGUACAACGUUUCUAUUUAUAAUCCUACACGUUAUCAAAAAUGCAAUCACACAUCAGAAAAUAUUUUCAAGGAGGAUGAACCCCAAGAAGGGAGAACAAAAAGCGUUCUUUCCAAUUGUCGAGAAUAUUUAACUAAUUAUCAAGAACCUUGCGGUGCAUUGUGUACCGAAUAUUCCUUUGCAGCCUUGAUCAUAGUAAUUGCUCAGGCUACAGCACGAUCUCUGUGGGCAUUAAUAUAUGUGAUUGUUAACAUUGCUCCUAUUAUCCAGAUGUUUUCCUUCAUAUUAAGAUUUGUAUUGAACAAAAUAAUCGACAUACGCAGAACUAAGAACAUUCAGCAAGUAAUGAUCAAAUUUGCAAUACUCGCUAUGCAAUUGCUCAGUGUGUAUGUUUGCCUUAUAUUUAUACUUGGCUUCAUUGUUUUGCCGAUUAUACAAAUGGCAAUUGGUAUUGUGGCUAAAUUUGUGAUGCACAAUUAAAUCGUGAUUUUAAUAAAAAUCAAUUUUAAUUAGUUAAUAAA